CAGCUUCAUCUUAUGAAUUGUCCCUCCAAAUAUAGAUACCACGUGGCAUUUUGGAAUAGAAAUUAAUACAACUCGACUAUCGUGGCAUCUCAGUUGCUCAAAGCGUUCAGGGAGUAGGGAAUUGUGAUGAAUACAAGGAAUAAUUUUGUGCAGAAACGUUGUCCCCUUCUCAUUUGCGCCUGCAAAUGACAGCAACUGAGUAUAAACACAUUUUGUAGUGAUCUCCCAAUUUAAGCUCUUGUAACGAAUCGGCGAAGAGAGGCACAGUACUUCCAAUUCUAACGCGUUUGAAUAUGCCAAAUCAUAACUCAGACAAAAUUGAUUACAAGGCUGGUACUAGAUCUAAGACAAAACGGCAUGUAUUUAUUGGUCAAUAACUAAGUACGGGUCUCCUUUAUUCCAAUUUUUUCACCCUUACUGCUCAAUUUGUCAUGCCCGUGUCGAAUUUAUUAAAUAUGCGAAGUGUCAUAAGAUUCCGUUGCAACUGUCGCACAAAAAUAUGGGAACCGAAGUUGCAAUUCUUUUUAGUGAGGGGGCAAGGCUUGCCCCUUGCCUUUGCUGAGUAUUGGCAAGUUUGGGGUCCCAUGUUUUCACGAUUUUUUAUCAGACUUUUAUGAAACGUCGCAUAUCCAUUAAAUUAGGCACGAUAAAUUGAUCUAUUGAGGUAGUUUUGUGUUUACAUGAAGAAUACAAACUAAUUGUUCUCAUUUCGUGACAUCGGUAAAGAGAUCCAUUCGUUAUACAGACUCAUUUCGUGACAUCUACAUGUCGCUGGAUCGCGUGACGUCCAUUCCUUUCCAGACCCUCACAAUCAACCGGAAUUUUUGAGAACGCCUGUCAAUAUUGUCAAAUGGCUUGAAAUAUAACUCUAGAACGUGCGACGAAACAACUGCAGGUAAAAUGAGUCGUGCUCAUAUGCUCUACGACAACAAACCUUUGGAGUCAAUUCCUGUAACUCCUGUUCGAUGGGAAAAGCGUUGGGAACCCGAGGAGCUUUUUCGUUCACAGAGGCCUGGUGGUGUAAUCAUUGAGGGAAAUAUCCAUGGACAAUUGAGAUUUUCUGUUACUGAUCCAUUCUCAGGUUCCCAGAAGUGGCGUUAUGUUGUGCUACAUGUUGAGAUUUCAAAAGCCUUGAAGAGAAAAUUUGAUUCAAGCUCUGGAAAGGAAAUUGAACCUAACUACGGGAAGGACAAGAAAGUCAGCACUGGUUAUUUGAUGUCGUCUUACAAGACUUCUGCUGCUGGUGAUUCUGAUAAAAUUAACCCAGCUGAGGCAAAAAAGAUGACAACAGUAGCAGAAUUGUCAAGACUCACAGAGAACAAACUCCAUGAUAGUGGCAAAAAUGCCAGUCAAGCCUUCUGGUGUGAAGAAAAAUACAUUGACAAGAUGGAACUGCUUCAAGGAGACCAUGUCAGAUUAAAAACUAAAGGAGAAGGCCCAUUCAUCGAGUUCAUUGUCAAACUUGAAGAUAGCAGUGCAACUGCAACAAAUUACACUGGAGGGGAGGGAGCAGGUAGCUCUUGGACAGACAAGGUGAUGUCAUUUAAAGGUCGACAAGAAAUUCCACAGGAUGAAGUAGCUGAAGCUGAUGAUGAUGAAUGGGAUGACUGAGUACCUGUAGUCUCACAAGUAGUGAAAAACUUGCAAGCUGUCACACUAAGUAUGUCUUCUGUAAAAGCAACAAGAGACCAAGGAAACUGAUCAGAAGUUCUUCAGGAGGGCAGUUCAAACUCUGAUUGUAACCCUUGUUUCUUUAUGCAAUGUCUAUUCAGCCAAACUGUCAUAUGCCCUUGAUGGCCAGAUUCAAGAACUAUUCACAGAGUUCACGGAAGAGCAUGAAUGCUUCAAAAUAAACAGUUUACCACAUUGAUCCAUGAAUGUCAAUUAUAAUUAUCUUGAAUAUCCAUACAAUGCACUAUGUGAAACAUAGUUUAUGCUAGAUCUACUAUUAUUAAUAAAAAUUAAAUAAAGUUGUACUCAAGAACCGUAUAACAUUAUAAUAAUUAUUAUUAAUCAUUCUCAUUGCCAACUCUGUGGAAUUCAGUUAAUUAUGCUAGACUGGCAUUCACUCACACAUCAAUACUCUAUGUGAUGCAUGGUAAAUUAUUAUGCAGAAUUACUACUGCAGUUAAACUCAGCAAAAUGUUUCAAAAAUUUUGUGUCACUUCAACAGUACAGGGAAUAACUCCUAUAAUUAAGCAGCAAUCCACUACCAGAAUUUAAAUUGAAAUUGUUAAUUAAGUGGAGCAACACUAGACUAUAAAGACUUCUCAAAUAGCUGUCAGUAGUUACAUAACUCAUAAUUAAAAUGUAUCAAUACAACACUGAUUUCACAAAAUCCAUGAAAAAAUAUCUACCACAUCCUGUAUUCAUUGUCUAUAAUACCUAACCAAGCAAAACAGAUACAGCUGUAACGUUCAUAAAAACUGUACAUGUACAUUAUUCAAGGAUACAUGUAACUAUACUUCAUGGAUUGAGUUAAAUCAUUUAUACAAUUUGUACAAUUAGAGCAGAUACAUGUAACGUCUGUACAAAAUCCCACAUCAUUAUAAAAAGCUUGAUUUUUCUACCACCAGUAGUAAUAAGAAUUCUGAAAUAAAUUACUGCAGUAAUUGA